AUGGCCGUCGCCAGGGAAUGGAUCGAGAACUGCACGAAUAAGCAUACGAACUGUGGCAAGAGAUCGACUGAGGCUGGGUAUACGCCAACAAGACUGCUCGAUGUCUCUCAGGCCAUCGACAAGUCGAAAGGCGUCGUUACUCUAGUUGACACCACAAAGCAUCACAACGUCGCAUUAUCUGACGGCACUAGGACAGUGGAAUAUGCCACACUCAGUCACCGGUGGAACCCAAGCUACACUUGUUUCACAGAGACAUCCAACAUUGACGACCACCUGACCAAGGGCAUACAGAUCAACCUGCUACCAAAGAUCUUCGCAGAAGCAUGCAUCACAGCCCGAAAGCUAGGCCUGCGCUACAUCUGGAUCGACUCCCUCUGCAUCAUCCAAGACUCAAACACCGACAAGGCCUCUGAAAUUCCCAAGAUGGCCGACUACUACCAGAGUGCCGAGCUCAACCUGUCCGCCUCGACAGAAGUCCUGGAAGGGCUGUGGUCCGACCGAGACGGCGCAUCCACCCGGCCUUUCAAGAUCAAGGCGACGCUCUGUCUCCCAGCUGGAAAGCGCAAGGAGGUCGUUAUCGAUCUGGCGCCUGUGCUGAGGACCAACAAGUCGCACCUGGACUACCGCGGCUGGAUUCUGCAAGAGAGGAUCUUUCCGAGACGGACAUUGUUCUUUGAUGCGUACUGGCUGUCUUUUGAAUGUGGUGAGAUGAGUGCGUCGGAGAGUUGUCCUCGGGGUGUCAGGCUGGAUAAGGCAAAGUGUUUCCAACUCACACACAACACAACCAUAGGAAAUCAGCGCCAGAUACUAACCCUCUGGUACCGCAUCCUAAAUGAAUACUCCCUCCGCCAGCUCUCCUUCGAAUCCGACCGCCUCGACGCCAUCUCAGGCCUCGCAGCCCGCCUCGCCCGCACCCUGGGCGACGACUACAUUGGCGGCAUCUGGCGACACAGCCUCCUCGAGUGUCUCCAGUGGCGGCCCGACGACCCUCUCCGCGGCAGCGAGGCGACGGUGCGGCAGACGAAAUACCGUGCGCCGACAUGGUCAUGGGCCAGC